AUGUUUACUUUUAAAAAUUAUGUUAACAUAUUUAUUAGCCUUUUUUUGGGGAAUUAAUAAAAGUCAGACUAACAAUUGCUUUACUAAAUUAUAAUUUUGAGUUAGGUUUUAAAUAAAGAGAUGAAUAUUUGAAGUGUUCAACUUUUUUUUAAAACAUUCUAAUUUUUCUGGAUAAUGAAUAAUUAGAUUUAGAAAUUCUUACAAGCUUCUAAAAAUUAGCUUAAUGUCUUUUAAACAUUUAAGAAUUCCUACAAUUAUGCAUCUAAGAACUAAAAGGCUGCUAUUUAAGAAGUUAUACGAAAUUAUAUAAAGUAAAAGAUAUAAAAACUUUUAUUGGGUAAAAUAUCCUCUUUUUAUAGUUCUAGGUUCUCUAAAAGAAUAUUGAGAAAAAAAUAAUACAAAUUACAAGAUGUUAUGAAAAAAUUAAAUUUUACCCAAAACACUAUUUCAGUUAAAGAAUUCUAAUAAGUUAUUAACAAUUUAAAAGAAUAUAAAUCUUAGGUUAGGAUAUUACACUUUAAAUUCAAGAGUUUUAAUUUUUUCUAAAAAUUUUUGUAAUUGCAGCAUAGCAAUUUCAAUUUUGAAAAGUAAAUAAUCUCAAAUUUGAAUUUAAAGAAUGAAGAAAUAUUAACAAUUAAAUUAAUAUAUUGA